AUGAAAUUCAUCGUUGUUGCCCUCUGCUUUGCCCUUGGACUGGCUGGCAUAACCAGCUCAGAAAAACUUUUAGACCAAAACCCACUGAACAUCCAGAAGAACCCAGUCCCAUUGAUUCUGCCUGUAUGCCUGCUCCCACCUGAGAGGGGCAACUGCGAUGCUCAUAAUCUUCGAUACUUCUACAACUCAACCUCUCAACUCUGCGAGGCUUUCAUCUACAGUGGCUGUAAUGGCAAUGGGAACAAUUUCGACACAGUAGAAUGCUGCUUGAAGACCUGCAGACCCAAUUGUAUCUCCAGCUACUGCAAAUUGCCUGUGAAUAUAGGUUCAUGCAAUAGCAAGUGCCAAGAGGCUAAAAUCCGAUUCUUCUACAACUCAACUGCAGGGUCUUGUGAGCCUUUUAAUUACAAAGGCUGCAAAGGCAACAGAAACAACUUUCUCACAUGGAAAAUGUGUCAGGACAACUGCAAAGGAUCAAAAACCUACAAUUUGUGUGGACUAUCCCCUGAAAGAGGGCCCUGCAAAGCUAAUCACCAGAUAUUUUUAUGACUCAAGAUUGAAGAACUGCAUACCUUUUACGUAUGGUGGCUGUAA